AUGGAAGCUAAGCGCGCGCGUGUGGAGGGCAAGAGCCCCUAUCCAGCACGCGGCAAUCGAUUUCAGGAUAAAGUCGUGGUCGUCACAGGCGCCGCUGGAAACUUUGGCUCAGUAUGUGCGCAAAUGGCGGCAGCCGAGGGUGCCAAGCUUGCACUUGUGGACUUGGCCAAGGACAAGCUCGAGUCUGUCGCCGAAGACAUCAAAAAGACUUACAGCGCCCAUGUCAAAGCAAUUGUUAUGGACGUCACCAAGGAGGCAGAGAUAGAGAAGAUGGUUGCAGAUGUGAAAACGGAGUUUGGUUGCAUUGAUUGUUUGUUCAACAAUGCUGGCUACCAGGGCCUAUUUGCUCCUGUGGAUACCUACAGCUUCGAGGACUUCGAGAAGGUGAUGAAGAUCAACGUGACCGGCGUGUUCGCGGUUCUCAAGCACGUAUCGAAGGUGAUGGUGGAGCAGAAGGGGGGUGCCAUCGUGAACACAGCCAGCUGUGCCGGCUUGGGCUGUCCCACGAUGAUGACUGGCUAUGCUACGAGCAAGGCUGCCGUCCUCCAUUUGACCAAGAUUGCUGCUCUGGAUCUGGCACCCAGCAACAUCCGCGUGAAUUCCGUAAGUCCGGUGCUGCCCUUAGAAGGCCGGCUGAAGGUAAGAGUGCGGGAUCCGUUUAGGGUUUAA